AUGAGUAAUCGUGAUAUGGAAUGGAUUUUAGAUUCAGGUGCAUCUGUGCAUAUUGUUAAAGAUAAAUCACUUCUUUAUGACAUCAAAUAUAAGACUCAAUUGGGAAUAUCUGCUGUUGAUGGCAACAAGCUCCAGUGUCACCUGGCUGGGAAACUAGAUCUACAUGUAAGUGUAAAUGGUGAAUCAGAUAUGGUUACAGCACACAAUGUUCAUUAUGUGAAAAAUGUGGCAACUAACCUGCUGUCUGUAGGGGAAAUUGUCAGGAAAGGAAAUACAGUCACUUUUGACAUGCAGGGUGCAAGAGUAAUCAGUGAAAGUGGUGAAGUUAUAGCUAUAGCAAGUAACGAAAGGGGUAUUUUUAAGUUGGAUACCAUCGACAGUAAACAUAAAAAUGUUAUUGAUUCAGUAUAUUCAGCAGAAGGUUUUUUAUGGCACCGGAGGCUUGGACAUCUAAAUAGAAAGAGUAUGUCUAUAAUAAGGAUAUGGUAA